AAACAGCUUUGCACAAACGUCAACACAAUAAACCCUUUUCCCUCGGGUGAAAUUGUAAACAAACAAAUUGUGGUGCGGCACGUGCGAUGGAUUCUGCUGCAGAAAAAGAAUUGUGUGCAAUUUGCGGGACGGAGCGGCUCAUUUUUCACCGCAACUUCAAGAAGGUGAAAACCAAGUUUUCCGGCACGACAGUGUUUCAGCUGCUGGAACGCUUUUCCGAGCGGGAUCUUUCACAUCUAACCAUCGACAUGUAUGAGUCCGGUGCUUGUAACGAUUGCUAUGCCAAGCUAAACGAUUACGAUGCUGCUUACACAAAAGCACUGAUCAUACGGCAAGAGCUAACGGAUCUGCUACAAAAUGGGUCGUUACAAAUAUUUCAACAACCAGCUGAAGUCGAGCAUGACAAGGCGGCCAAGCAAAAGGAUAACGGCAGGAUUAACUGGGUUCCUCAGCUGGAGCGUUCGAGUGAGCUUACAAACAGAAAACCAACGUUUUCCAUUGCUGGCAUGCCUGCCAUGCGCAUUUCUAUGAAAUGCAAUGUCUGUGGAGCGAUAUUCAACAACAUCAGUCACAUGAAACAGCAUUCCCAUGACGAUGUCAGCGAACGGGAACAGAUGCCGGAAAAGGAAGCGCGCGCACCGUCCCCGAUGCUUGUUAUUGAGAACGUGAAAACGGAAUCUACAUCCGUCGAUAAUUCUGACGAAGAGCUGGACGUGUACUUAGAGUAUCGUAAGAUGGAAUUGUACCCCAAGGAAGAAGCAGAAUCUGAAGAGUACUACCUGUCGGAGGGUAAAGAAGAGCAGGAAACAGCCGAAGCAUCACACCAAAGUCAGCAACGAACCGGCCCAUUCGAAUGUUUGUACUGCGAAGCGAAAUUUGAAAACAAAUUGUGCCUAAGGGAACACUUUAAAACUAACCAUCCGCAAAAUGACGCGGAAAACAUCUGCAAAGUGUGUGGCUUUGCAACGAAAACUCGCGCAGCACUUGCCAGUCACUACGGCAAGCACCUGCGCGAAUCGGAGCUAGUCUGCCAGGUGUGCAGCAAAAAGUUCACCCAACGGGCAUCGCUCCAGCGGCACAUGGCUAUCCACACGGGCGAGAAACCGUACCAGUGCGAUGUGUGCGGGAAGCAGUUCAUUCACUACUCAUCGUUCUACAUGCACCGGUUGGCGCACAAGAACGUGCGAUCAAAGAAUUGCACCAUCUGCGGGUAUUCGCUGCGAUCGAACUCACAUUUGAUCAGGCACAUGCGAACACAUUCCGGUGAAAAACCAUACGCUUGCCCUGUGUGUGAUCAAAAGUUUUCCCAAAGGUACAACAUGGUUCAGCAUCAAAAAACUCACUCGGGAAUUAUGAGACGAUCCGGAAAAACGUUCAACUGUCCGUACUGUGAUUACACUAGCGCGCGGAACGCGCUACUGAAAAGGCAUCUGAUGAAACACCAUGGCAAAAGUGGGAAUGCGUUGAGCGAAAAAGAUGCGUAUGACCAGAUGGGACAGGAGGAAACAAUAACGGACACUUAAUAUCGUCGGUUGAUUAGGCUGUUUGAAUAUUAUUGAGCUGCUAAUAGCCCCUUCUUGUUCGUCCUUUGCCCUACAAUCUCAGGGCCUUCGUUUGACUUGAUUUUACUCCGGGGAGGCUAUCCGGAUGAGAAUCGACAUUCGGUUCUGAACCGGGAUGCUAUUAUUUAAAUAAAAUUGACUACCGUACUCUGCCCCCUUCGUCGUCACACAUCGUCCGAAUGUUGUUAGGAUGUAUAGACCGAUUUCAAGCAGUGUGGUUGCUUUAUCUGCACCUGUUCAUCUAUCUGUGACCCGAUAAGUGUCACGAUAAGGGGCCCGGAGCCUACACUUUACCCGUUUCGACAGUACUGCAAAACCAUUCACUAGCAAAAUACAGCCUUUUUCACACCUUGGGCGUGGUAAAUGAGUGAUCGUAAAGUAAUGGAUAGUGAUUGGAAUACGGAAACAUACCGUACGAUCCCACAGAUGGAACUGGCCGAAGCGCCCGAGGCCAAGGACGCUUUGGAGCAGAACGAUGCGGCGAAACAGAAAAGUCCCCAGGGCAAUAUGUUCGUGCAGAGCAUGUUCGAUAUGACGCUAAUAACGAUCAACUUUUGCCAGAUAUGCUACAUACUGAAGGUUGGACCGGGGUUAGGAUGGUUGUACUACUUUCUGCUCGGACUGUUCGGUGUGUCACUCAUUUUACUCUUCAUGCACGGAUUUAUGGGCCUGUGUGGAAGGUUCAGAUGCAGCAAACCGCUGCCCCAGGCCUGCUUUAACUGUCUUUACAACACGUCCAUGUUCAUGGUGGUGAUCGUGUACAUGGUAAACCUUGUCGGGAAUAUCCUGAUGCUAAAGGAGGCAGAAAACAAGUGCCAAUUGAUGCUGGAGCACACGAAAUCCAUCAUCACUACUCCCCUAGAUGUACCGCAAUAAUCGCACAGGUCGAUACGUCCACAUUCAAUUCUCGUUUGUUAUAUUAGUCGGUAAUACUUUCAAUAAAAUCUACAGAUUGUAUCCGCA